AGGGGCGGCUCCAACCGGUCCCAGGCUUGAAAAUCAAUUUCCGCUUUUGUAAGACGCAUACACUGUGAGAAUACGGUCCAGUCUGCCUCCCCCCUCCGGACUAGAUCUGGCUUCCUGGAAGAGACAGCCAGCUUGAGCUCCCCGUUCCGCACUCGCCGCCCACCAGACCCGGACCAGUGGCCGCCGCCAUUGAGCUCCAGCCGGACCGAUCCGCUCUUCAGGUACGUGGUCCGAGACACAGGAAAUCUAGAUGGGGAGUAUCAUGAAACUAUAUUACGAGUGGGAAAUCCAGGUGCUUGUGCUCCUUAGCUUCAUGCUACAAAUGUUCCUCUUCUUCGCCGGCAGCCUUCGGCGGCGUGGCAUCAACUCGUUUCUCAGGUUCUUCACUUGGAUAGCUUAUCUGGGCGCGGACUUAGUGGCAGUUUACACCCUGGGCUACCUCUCGCGCCAUGAGGAUGCCACCACCGGACUAUCUUUCUUCUGGGCACCAUUUCUUCUCAUCCAUCUUGGUGGGCAGGACACCAUUACUGCUCUCGCCAUGGAGGACAACAAGUUGUGGUUGAGACAUUUACUGACCCUGUUUAUGCAAGUUGUCCUAGCUUUAUAUGUUUUCUGGAAGUCCAUUGACAAACACGGCGUGGAGCUUCUAGUUUCGGAUGUCUUUGUGUUUGCUGCCGGAAUUAUCAAGUAUGGAGAAAGGGUAUGGUCUCUCAAGUGUGGGAGCUUUGAAACCCUCCAGGGUUCCACUGGACAACAGUACAAGCAACAGGUACCAGGAGAGGUUGCCGAGGAUCCCUAUUCUCACAUUGUUUGCGCUGUCCUGCAUCGUAUGCCACGUGUCUUUCGAAUCUUUACAGCACGAUCAGGUGAUAGCGGUAACGUUAUCCAACAAACCCCAAGCAAUUGGGUGAAGCGGAUGAGGCUCGAGCUUGGCAUGAUGUAUGAUGAUCUGUAUACUAAGUCCUGUGUGCUCAGAACAAGGAGUGGCAUCAUAUUGCGAGGCAUCUCUCAGGUGUCUGUUCUGGUUGCCUUGGUGCUCUUCCUCACGAGCGACAAACGGAGGUACAAUAGAGCCGACAUUGCAAUCACCUGGUCGCUCUUCGUAGGAUGCUUUUUGUUGGAAGUAUGUGCCAUGUUUAUUUUGAUAAUGUCACCAUGGACCUGCGCGUGGUUGAAGAUGCGAAGGUGCGGCAUGCUUGCAAAGUUGUCCUGGUUUCUCCUGUGCAGUGGCAUUGGAUGGCCAGAGAGGAAGCCAUAUCUAAAUUCAAUUGGGCAGUACAACUACCACAGGUGGUUGGAUGCAGGCAGCGACCAGCCAAGGUCAUACAGUCGACGAGCAAUGACCACAGUGAUCAAAAGCUUGGUGAAUUUGGUUGGUGUCAAAGAGGAUAAAAUGUUGUUCUGGAUGAGCAGGUUACUAGACACCGAGCACGUGGAGGCAGAUAACGAGACGAUGGAGUGUGUUGUGAAGGGAAUUACCGACUUCGAUGCUGAAAUCAACAGAGAUCCCCGGCAGUGGCCAAAACUUGGCGGCAUAGUGCAAGAGCUACAAGACAUUCGUGAAGAUUUUGGUGGAAAGGUUGCUUUAGUGCAUUUUAUCACAGAGGCACACUUGAGAAAAUAUCCUCUUCAUCCUCCUUCGGACAUGGAGACAGACACAGGUACCAGCUGCAGUGUCUUGAUGGAAGUAUGCCGGAAACUAUCCAACUACAUGGCAUACCUUUUGGUUACCCACCCUUCGCUGUUGCCGCUCAAUGACAGCGCCUUAUAUACGCUGGAGCAAAUGGCACACUUGUUUCCACAUCUUAUGGAUGAGCAGCAGGAUUCUGAAGGUUUCUUCAGCAUCGAGCCAAGCAUGGAAACACUGCAGGAGUUGGUAGACAUAUGGACCAAGCUGCUCAUCUAUGCGGCCACCAAGUCCCGGCCGGAGCUGCACGCGGCGCACUUGGCCAGAGGAGGGGAGCUUAUCACCUUCGCCUGGCUGUUCUUGAGCCACAACUUUUUGGGAGAUUCCGAGGUGAUCAAGGUGCAGCUUACCAAUGCCAAUCAGAGAGGGACGAUAGCAUACGUCUUCGGAAAUCCUGCCCCAAGAUAAGAGCAUCAGAUCCAACACAAGCCCUGCAGAGUGCAGACUCCUCUGUUCUUCAUUCGAUCUGAUUUUACUCCUCUUCUGUUUGCUCUGGCGCAUCUCACGACGCAAAACAGUACUGAAGUCUAUACAGUAUCGCAGCUGACAUCUAGAGGUAUGUGACAUUUAUUUUUUUGCAGUAAUGGCAUCACUUCAAACCUGAUGUAUUUGAGCGAAUAGGCAGUGCAAAAACACCAACCGCUGUAUUACUACAUUCCUUUGUUGUGGUA